GACUCGACUUUGUUGUAAGAAUAGAACAACCAUUAACUACACCUUCCCUUCCUUAGCCAGACAUUACGUAUCUAUAUAAGUACUGUGAUCUGUGGAAUAAUCCUAGAGGAAUGGUGGCAGUGGGAGCGGCGGUAGCAGGAGCGAGCGGGGUUGAAGUCUUGGUCAGUGCGGGACUCGAACUUCCUAAACAAGACUAUGUGUGUGGUCUCGAGCAGCGGCAGAGUGGACGCUUGGAGGGCUGGCCACCUUUCUCCAAGGCAGUCCACCUCCCAGGCCCCUUGAUGACAUAGACAAGAAUUUGGAGCCAUGGAGUCGCCCACAGUGGCAGUCCUCCUCACACUGCUUUGUAGUGUGGCUGUUGUUUGUGGUGAAGAUGAACCUGAUGCUGUCCCUACCAUCCCACACUCCUCCAGUCCUCCACCAGCCAGCACACCAACACUCCCUCCAACCACCACACCAGUCUUGGAGGAAAACACUCGCAUUGUGUCCCUUCACUCCUCUCCUGAUGAUCUUCACCUGCUAAAUGCUGUCAAUCAGGUUGAUCAGUGUCACAAGAGGGCUGAAUGUGUUCCACUAGAGGAGACUACUUGCCUGGGGGUGACCCUGCCUUACACACACACCUCCCUGGCACUCUCGGGACUUCCCAACCAGAGAAUGGCCAGAGAACAGCUGGAGGAGUGGUCUGCUCUCCGCAACAUUCCCCGAUGCUGGGCUGUGGUUCAGCCUCUGCUGUGUGCAGUCUUUUUCCCACAGUGCAACAACAGUUCAGUUGAAUUGCCAUCACAGGAGAUGUGUGUCAUCACUCGAGGUCCAUGCCGUGUGGUUGAGAAAGAAAAAAGGUGGCCUGACUUUCUCAAAUGCCAUGAAGAAUAUCCACACAAAUGCAAAAACACAGUUAGGGAAUUGAAGUUUAACACAACGGGACAGUGCACUCCUCCUCUUGUGGCUACAGAAGAGGACUCCUCGUGGUAUGAAGGAGUGAAGGGGUGUGGAGUACAGUGUGCUAAUCCAAUUUUCACCGAUGAGGAACACAAAGAUUUGCACAGCUUUGUAGCCACUCUUGGGGGAGUCUGCCUAGCAUGUUCAAUCUUCACAGUGCUAACAUAUCUGAUUGACUGGCGUGCAGCAAACAAGUAUCCGGUGCUUAUUAUCUUCUACAUCAAUGGCUGCUUCUUAGUGGCCAGCAUUGGGUUUAUGGUUCAGUUUCACCCAGGGGUGCGACAGGACCUUACCUGCCGCUCAGAUGGCACCCUACGGGAAGGUGAGCCAAGUUCUGGUGGAAACAUCUCCUGUGUGGUGGUGUUUGUGUGCUUGUACUACUUCAUGAUGGCGGGUGGCUUGUGGAUCAUCAUCUUGGCAUACUCUCUGCACACCAGUUUCAAAUCAUAUGCAGCUGGGCUGUGUGGGGAUGAGUUGGAGCGGCGGGCAGCGUACUUCCAUCUGGUGUCAUGGUCACUGCCCCUGGUGCUUACCAUUACCAUCAUGGCAUUGGCUCAGGUGGAGGCUGACUCAGUGGCAGGGAUAUGUUUCUUGUCAUCGGCUCUUCCCAUCAGAAUAGUAUUCCUUCUGUUGCCAAUUAUUAUUGUUGUUACAGUUGGAGGAUUUUUCCUUGUCAGAGGUAUGAUAAAACUGAUACACCUCAAGAUGGAGUGUUUUAACAUCAUCAGUGACAGUGCCAACAACAAGAUUGUGGAAACCAUCAUCAGACUGGCCAUCAUCACUGUCACCCUCACCACCUUCACCGGCAUCACUGUGUACUGUCACAUCUACCAGUACAGAAACCAAGCACACUGGGACAAGGCUCUGCGGGACUAUAUCAUGUGUGUGACCAACAUGACGGCCCCAGCAGAGAUAAGACAUGGCUCCUUGGUCUGCACCAUCUCAGAUAGGCCCAGCAUCAACAUCUAUAAGCUGCACCUGUUAGCUUUCUUCGGUGCUGGCAUCAUCAUGUCCUCAUGGUGCUGGACUCCCAACACCAUUCAGGCAUGGAAGCGCUUUCUUAGGAGAGUUGCAGGUGUCUCAAAUGAGGAGCCCCUGCGCCUUGCCCGACACAGAGUCAUAGCUCAGGCCUUUGCCAAGCGCCAUGACUUCAACACUGCUGGUCGACUUUCCAUAAGUCUGCACUCUAUGCAUGAUGAUCCUCUUGGACUAAACUUUGACAUGAACAGUGCCACUUCUGGUGACAUAUCCUCCGCCUGGGCAACAGCCAUCCCCCACCUCAUGACACGGCGAGGUGCACUGGUGGGACCUGCUGCUCUGGCACUGAGGAGGAACUCAGUGGACUCAGAGUACAGUAUUAGCAGGAGAUUCUCCAUUGAGUCAGGGCACAAUAACCGGAGUUCCAGGAGACAUUCAUUGGACUCUCAGAUGUCCUUCCAUGUGUCUGAUGCUGAGAGGCUGGCAGCGCUACACACUGCUGCCAGGUUUGGUCGUCGCAAGAGGCGGGACUGGUUUAGUUUGAGACGUGGCCGUCGUGUUAAUGCUUGGGACAGAAGAGGCUCAAAUACGUCUGAUGACAGCAAUCUUGGCUCCAUGAUUUUGCCUGCAAUAACAAUGAAUACUCAAGACACUCUGUUUACAAACAUGAUGAAGCGCCUCAAUCUGAGCUCUGAUGAGCCACUGCGCUCUGAGAGAACUACUCCCUCAGCCCCGCCAGCCCAGUCGCUGAACAUGAAUGUCCCUCUCCCAGGGCAGACAACACUAGACUCUGAAGAUGAAGUGGGGAAUGAGAACCAUGCAUUUGGGAAUGACUCUGUUGUUCACACAGUCUUGAACAAUGUUUUGAAAAGUGCUGACAUCAAAAGAAAGGAAGAAACUUAUUCCAUGUCAUCUGUAACACUUGAAAAAGGUUUGCCAUCAUCCAUCCACAUGCAUAGCAAUGGUAAACGGGAUGCUGUUGACGUCAGUGUUCAGACUUCUAGUGCAAGUAUUGGAGUGCAGACUUCUUUGCCUAAUGGCAUUGUACAUCCUGUAAUGGUGGAUAAGUGUUGCCAAGUCUCUACACCAUUGUUAGUGAGAGCCAGUGAGGUGGUCCAGCUAAAUUCCUUGGGUGAUGAUAACACUAUUCCAAUGGUGAACUUGAGAGUUCAAGAGAAUAUAAAGAAAACAAGUGAAACAAGUUUUUCUAACCGAAAAAGAACACAUAAUGCAGAUCGGCCAGGAACGCCGGUGACUAAAUUAGUGUCAAAGAAGAUGAAUCGUGGUAAUGAAAAGAUUAUUGGAAACAACAGAAAUAUCAACCUGAAUCAUGGUUCUUAUAAACAUGCAGGUAAUAUCAAGGCAAAUAGUUCUAAGAAUAAGAUGAAUAGAGGAGAGGCUAAUGAUGUGAUGACAGUGCUGGACAUUGCUGAUGAGAGUCCCUGAAAGAGUCACUGGAUGGAGAAAUUUUGCUUGCUUCUUGGUAUUUAGUCUAAGAAAGAAGACUGUAAAAUAUUUAGGCAAGAGUGCAAAAGGAUUAGAGUGGCUGUGUUGUGAGUUGAACGGAAGAUGCUAACUUUUGGGAACUGAGCUCUGCCUUCAUCACUCAAAGAAACUAUCAUGUUUUUAGUGAUUGAAUACAUCUAUUAUUGUUUUUAAUUGGUUAGACAAUGGUUUUAUGUGUCUGGAGCAAAAGGUGUAACUCUGCACCCUUCAUUGCCUGUCUGCACACUGGCUGAUGGCUGGCAUCUCAUAUACUCGUUAUAUCAAAAGAAAAUACUCUUAGCAGUAGAUUGCUUUUAUGAAACUAGGGUUUAUCUUUAUUUUGUUUAAUGAAUGGUUUGUGUGUAGGUUUGCAUAAUGUGUUUGAGAAUGUGUAUGAUGAAGGUACAUAUCUAUCACUUAAGUAUGAUAUUGAGCUGCAUCUGUCAUGAUUGGUACAGAUUUCCCUCUCGUGCAGAGUGGUGGAGUUGUGUGUGAGACAGAAGAGCUUAAUUUUUCAGGAUACAAGUUCCCUUUAAGGAGUGAAUAUUAUAGAUGUUGAGCCAAUUUUUCUGAUCCUUGCAUCUAGUCAUAAGGUCUGCAGGAAACCUUUUGUAUAAUGUUUUGCUGCAGCAGAUCAGAAGAAUAACAUCUAAAGCUUACUUAUGAAUUUCAUUAAUUAAGUGUCUUAUGCUGUAAAAAUGUUUCUUCAUAUUAGUCAAAUAAACUAUCAAGAUUAAGUUUUCAUUGAAGUCUAUAGCUUCGUGAAAAAUGCGAUGUGCAAACUUAAUGGGAUUUAUAAUUUUAUUUUGGGUUCUUUCAUACUUCAUGAAUAGGUAUAUUUUAAAAGUUUCUAUAAUUGUGUAUGUGUUUAGAAUGAGUGUGAAUGUUGGCAGUUUCAUUGUGUCAGUAGUGAUAAGAGUAUCCUUAUGCAAGUGUUGGUGUGUUGGAGAUAUCCUAGUAGACCUACAUAGUGCUCAGGACAGCAACCCAGGAACAGUACCUUAGACGUUUGUGCCAAAUACUUUUAUUAUUAAUUGUAUAUUUAAUCAAAUGUUUUUGUUAGGAUUUUGAUACUUACAUAAUACUACUUAAUUUAUUUAAACCUCAUUUUGUUAGAAAUGAUGAUUUUUUUAAUAUAAUAUAAAGUAUUACAUUAUUAUAUUUAUUAUCAAAUAGUAGCAGUUCAGUUUGUAGUGGAAGAGUUAAGAGUGUGCUAUGAUAAGAUGUGCUGGUGUUGAUCUCUGCUUUUGAUCUUUGAAAAGGCCUUUUUAGAAUUUGGUAAAUUUACUUGUGGGAAAGAUAAAUUAUUACUAUAAUUUACCUUUCCCACAUUUUUCACUGGUCAUCCAUUCAUUGAUUUAGCAGAAGGGAGCAUGCUGUCUAUGUUACUGGGAUCUUUAUAAGCCAAUCACAGUACCAUGAGUGUGGUGCAGUGUUAUGAAACAGCUGAACACCAAAAUACAAAGAAGAACAUGCAUAGGCAUGGCCUGCAGAACAGUACAAAGUAGGAAGGUAAUUAAAACACUUUAUAUUGAUGAUGCAAUAAGAACUGGAUUAAGGGAAAGGGAUUUUGGUGAGGAAUAAAGCUGGUCUUGUGUUCAGUAGGAUACUUGGUAAAGUUUGUGAGGUAUGCUAAAAAAAAUUGAAUUAUGAUAAAGUGACCUUAGAAAUUUAAAAGCUUUGCUGGAGACAGCAGUUGACCAAGUUGCUAGUGGUUGCAGACUUGCUUCUUUACCAUGUAUGGGUUGGUGAUAUUUCAUCUUCAUAUUCCUGUAAGGAAUCUACCAUUUAGUCAUUUGUAUUGCUAAUUUGCAUGUUUUCCCUUUAAUCUUUCUAUGCUGGCAUAGGAUCAAAUGAUAACCCCAUUCUUGUCUUCCAUUAUUUGUCAACAUACCAUUAUCAUACAUGCUUGCAACAGUUGCUUUGUUCUCAGGAUGGUGAUGUAAAGUAAGUUCUAUGUAUUGGUGGCUCACAGUGUCCCUGACAGGAUGUCUGGUACACCUGUGUCCUGGCAUCUGUUUGUCAGGCUCUCACUGGAUGCACCAGACUGUCCCUCCCCUCAGUGAUGGAUAAAUGUUUUUAUCAUUAAUUUAUUUUACUUUAUUUUGUAUUUCUUUACUAUUGUAGAAAUCCCAGUUUGUAGCUUCAGUUUAUGAACGUAGAUGAGAUCCUUCUUGAACUUUAAUAGUGGAAUGGAUAUUCUGGAUUAUUAUACUGCAUUUUGUAUUAUUAUUAUUAUUAUUAUUAUUAUUAUUAUUAUUAUUAUUAUUAUUAUUAUUAUUAUUAUUAUCAUUGGUAGUUGUUUUUGUGAUAGUGUAGGCUAAGUCUGUAAUAUUAUGGCCUCAGUGCAGCCAAUAGUACUUACUCAUGAUAUGA